AUAGCGUGAAAGUGGCUCGAGUAAGAAAGGUUUUGUUUUUACUAACAGCUGCUUAUUAAGGACAUUGGUUGAUGCACCAACUACGAUUCAAGAGGUUGGCUGUUUGCUUACGGUUUAAAGUGGAAAUAGAACGGGGAGGUGUGAAAAACUUUGAAUGAAUCCCAACUGUCGACGAGUCAGGUUGAACCACCUUCGUACAUAGACGACUUGAAGGACGACUUGCUUUUAACUUCACAGUGACAGUACUCUAUUAUAGGGUCUUGAUCCAGAUUUGUUUGCAAGUUAGGUGCUUGUUAAAUCCUCGUUCUGCUGGCCGCGCCCUGGUGUGCGUUCCACUUGCAGAAACUUAUCGCAACCGUUCGCGAAAACGUUUUUUAUCUUUGAAAUGAUUGGUUGCGCGGCUCGUGGUGUCAAUAUUGCGCUCUGUAUAGAAGAUGCCGACAACACUCGUAUUUUGCUGUAACGUUCUUUCAUUUUUGUUUUCUUUCUGUAUUGUAGGUAUGUCUUUUAGUUCUCUUUCGUACAUUAUGACAUCAUCUAAUUAAGUUGUUCAACUUGACCUUACUGCGCUAUCAACCACAGAAAACACACUUUUGUUAUUUUCUUGACAAGAUCGCCAACGUUGGCAAUGCCAAAAUCGUUCCACCUUUAGUUGUUGCCAAACGUGAAGUGGAACGCACCGCUUGUCGCAAACUCGACCUUUGGCACUUUGGCGUAGUUGCGCGGAAUACUCUCUUGUAAGGUCAACGACGACGGCAAAACGAUUUAAAUGAUUAACCAUGGCAACGUCAAAGGAUGUACUUAAAACAGAUUCUUUGUGGAAGGACAGACCUUGCCAUUUUACAUGGGAUCUCUCAGCCCGUGUUUUUAUUAACUACGAUAACAUUGUCUGUAAACUAGAUUACGACUUAGAAGAGACCCAAAACCUACUAUUCGUGGAAAAACUUCUCUUCCGUGCAUUUUUGGAAGUGUCAGAUCACCGACAUUACAGGAAUGUAAGCAAAGCACGGUGGUUUCUUGAUAGAGCGGAUGACCACAUUGCAACACACACGCCUUCACAAUUACAAAAUGGCUAUAGAAGUGUGGCACUUCUAAAUCGCCUACACAUUGAAUAUAAAUCUCAAAAUGACACACAAGUUGAAGAUUUGCUUGGCAAAUUGCAAGAAUUGGAACUGAAUAAUGAAAAGGACCGUCAUGUCAUCGGUGCAGUUAAAGCAGCGGCUUUAACCCGACUUGGGCCCGAUGUGAGGGAUGAUGCCAUCCAGCUCUUCAAAGCGGCUCACAGAUACUUUCCAACCAACCCAGGUUUUCUGUUUGGAGCCUUACUAAUGGUAGGGAGAAAGGUUCGAUUUGAAAGGCAUAUUGGUGACCAUUACGACGAUUUGGAGUCAGAUGGUAAGGAACUCAUGGAUAUUGAGAAGACAUACUGCGAACGACUUAUGGACAUAAACGAUGAAUACCAACUUGGAAGAUCAUUCCUCGGACAAAAUUUGAGUCGGCGUGGAAGUACGAAUAAAGAAGAUGCACGUGCUUAUUUGGAGGAAGCAUUUAAAAAAGCACCUAAAGUGAUAGCAGUCUUUCUUAAUUUGGUCCGGUUUUAUAGACACGAUAAUGUGGAGAAAGCUGUUGAUUUGUUGCGUACCAUAAUUGCAUCUGAACCAUGCUUGAAUGUUGCCGAGACUCACCAUCAGUUGGCUUUGUGUUUCAACUCAAAGGCCAAUCGGUUCCGCAUACCGAAACAAGAAAAGGACAAGUGGACAAGAAAUACUUUGAGUGAGUUGGAUAUAUGUCUACAGAUUGAUAGCACGCAUCUAAUCGCAGCGAUGAGAAAGGCCAUUGUAUUAUCGAAGCAUGGAGACAACAUUGGAGCUCAAAAGCUAUACGAGGACCUACUUUUGCAAUGUGAGAAGUUGUCCAUUGAGUUAGUAUUCUCCUUGCACGUUGACUACGCCCGAUUUCUCACCAAAACUUCAUCGCCUAAAAGACUAGGCAUAUGGCUCAAAGUGAUGGAAUUUUCUUCAUCGUUCGAAUACAUAGACGUGAAAACCGGUAGAUGGGAAGUUAAACGAUUGAUAAAGAAAGAAAAAGAAGAGGCAUACAAAAUACUCUCAGAACAUUAUGAGAAACAUCCAGACGAUUUUAGUCAAGGUAUCCUGUACUUUCAGCACUUUGAAUUUGAAAAAGCUGUAGAAUUGUUUGAGAGGCUCAAUCCUCAAUCCAACCAAAGUGUCCCGUUCUACCUUGCAAAGGUUUACUUCAAAUGGGGGCGUGAAAAGGAAGCAUCUACUUUAGCCCAAACAGCGCCCAAACUGAGGUCAAAGGAAGACCCCUCAUCAUCUGCUAAGAUUUGUGCUAAGCGCGCACUCGCGUGCACAUUUAUAGACAUCAGCAAUGGCGGCCAAUGCAAGCGGUCUACGGCUCGAUUGGUCAAAGUCGAGUCUGUGGGUCAACUGGAAAAAGCGAACGAGUGCUACACAAUGGCUCGCGAUAACUCAAAGCUUUCAACAAAGCUUGGUCUUAAACAGGCAAUCGGUCGAAAGUUGUUGGCGGACAUUGCUCUUGCCACGGCACACCUACAGCUGUGCAAGUCACCGAUUGGACAAACACAAGAAUCCAAGUGCAUCCACGCAUACCGUGAAGCCGUUAGGUGCGGAAGUCUCGUCGCCUGUCUUGAGAUUUUACGACUUCACCACGAAGGGUACGUCGAGUUCAUCUCUAGAUCCAAGUUUAUCCAGAUUCUAGCAGAGAUAUAUGUCUGCUGUUCCCAACAUUUUAAUGAUUGCGUGCAUCGAGAGAUACAUCCGCGCUCCUUCAAGAACGGUCCGAACUGUUCAUCAAUCGACGAUGACUUCUCAGCUUUAAAUUGUAAGACGAUACGGAGAGAUAUUGAUGACACCUUGCGGAAAGACGGAUUUUUCAGACAAGCGUGGAAAGCACAUUUUGAUAUGGAGAAACAAGUUAUAGAAGAAAGGUACAAGAACAGCGAAGGCGGACUUGAGCUGGAUGGACGUGAAGAAGGUCAAACUGAAGUCGUUGGCACUGACACUACUUACGCUGCCAUCGAUUGCUGUGAGAAACUGCGCCCUCUACUUGACCAUAUUACCUUGAAGUUUGAGAAAGAUGAACUCAAGGUCAAAGAUGCAAAGAAACGGCAGUAUUUUCCAAUUGUGCUGGGGGAGCAGGAUCCUGUAUUGGUAGAACAACAACUCCAAGAUAAAUUGAAAUCCUUAUUCGAGAUCGAUUUCAAAUGUCAUUACCCGAAGCUUUACAAACAACUUCUCGGGGUUCAACCUGGAUACAACACUAAAUGCAACUUCCUUCAACAGUUUUGGAGCUUGGUUAACCACAUUAAACACAAAGGAAUAGAGCUAUCUGACUUCCCUGGUAUCGAACGCUAUGCUGUGCCAAUGACCCGCCAGUGCACGGAUACAGUUGAAGACAUCUGCCAUUUUUUCUCUGACGCGAUGAAAGAUUCAUCUGAAUUGCGUGAAACGAUGCAGAAGCUCGUAAAAGAUUUAGAGAGGUCUCCAAGACAGGACAUGCAUGAGAUGUGUGAAACGGCAGACCAGCUUUGGUAUAUCUUAUCGGAUCAUCCAGACUUAGUUAUCAGGAUCGGUAGUACCUGGAAGAUUAUUGAGAUGUUGGCACUGAUUAAACAAACCUGGGAGCAGUCUGGUCCCACUGGUGACUUGGAGGUUGAACUUACCAAGAUGACCGAAGGAUCUUGGGACCCAAGUAAGAAUCUACGCAGAUUACAUUUUGCAGUAGAAUUAUCCCUAUUGCGGACCGCUGACCGAAAUUCGAAAGAUGUUCUUAAGAAAUGCAGAGAUGCGUGCGAAGAGGCAGACCAACUAUUAGAUGCAGUGCUGUUAAAGAAGACGAAGGAUGAAAGUGUUGGUAUUGUGGUAAAGUUUCCUUUCGAGGACAAACGUCCUAGCCAUCAAAAGCUGGAUAAAGCUGGGUAUGAUAACUGGAGAGGACAAGUCAAGAACCGGAUCAAGAAAGGUCUCACACAAAUGCAAAUAACCUCGCCUGUCAAGCCGUUACUGGAUACCAUACUUCAGGUACAACCCUGCUACAAUGACGACAACUAUAAUUUCAUCGCACUACGAGUUUUCAUCGACAUGUGUAAAACUGAAAACAUUCCAAACAGUGUUCACAUUAAAGCACUCGAUAAACAUGUUCCGGUAGUUGAUCUAACACGAUGGUGUGUGGACCAUGUUGAGAAAACCGCUGCAGAAGUUGAGAAACUGUAGUUGUUGCUGGUGUCCUUGUUGAAGUCGAACCAUAAUUAAUUUGUGGAAUUAAUUUAUCCGAGUUCUGUGAUGAAAAAAACCCAGUCAUAAUAUUACUCGGUGGGAUUCGAACCCUCAACAGUAUCAGUUUCUAAUCAACUAGGCCACCGAGAUUUCCCGGUAGCUAGAUGCAGUUCGAAUCCUCUUGUUAUUUUAUCCGGGGAUAAAGAAUAGUAAUGUUGGUUUAACCCUACACCAAUGUGUGUUAGCACUGUAUACAUCAGAGUAUUAUGCUUCUGAACAAUAACAUAAUUUUUUGAGUAGUUGUUUUUAACGAUUUAUAUGUUUACAAAAAUAAAUAAA